CAUUGAGUGACGGACACUAUGGCUGCGUGUCUUGACGACAUGGACUGAAGAGCUCCUCAGUGAUGCGAUUUUCGCCUGGCUACGCCGAUCCAUACUCUUGCGCAAAUCGAAUGUGUUCAUCCAUCGCAUGCGCACCCACUGACGGCUUGCACUGCACACACACACACACACACAGCGCCAUAGUUCUGACUUGAUCUGUCCAUCGAUCCAUUCAUUCAUUCAUCCGUCUGUCUGUCUGUCCGUCUGUCUGUCUGUCUGUCAUUUAUCUGACCUUGGUGCGUGCAGAGAUAAAGUCUUGCAGAGUCAGAGGCCGGGCCAUGCUGAGGUUGGCGUCGACGCGGCCCAGCUCGUCACCCAACUGAGACAUCAACUCACGCACCGGAUACAACGCUGAUCACACACACAGGCAUCCGUAUGCCACCGAUAAAUACAGCAGGAGGGAUAUAGAAGUGGUGGCGGUCCUUACUUACCAGCUUCUCUGGCUAGGUUUGCAAGGUCGCUGCCAUUGUAGCCCUCGGUCUGCUGGCCGACUGUCUUGAGGUCCUCCUCGCUCAUGUCGACCCUGCCGUUGGUGCUUUGGUGUUUGGUCAGGAGGAGCGAUAUCUGCUUGAUGCGAUUCGUCAGGUCGGGCAGAGGCACCAUCACACGCUGAGAGAGACACACACAAAACGUACAGCAAAUGGACAGCAUAGCUGGGUGGAUGGAUGGAUGGUAUGUAGCGCAGCGCCACAGGAGGCAGGCCGGCCACCUUGGUCAGUCGACGGCCUGCAUCCAGCCCAGCAGACACACACAAAGGAAGGCAAUCAAACGGCCAUCCAUCCAUCCAUUUUGCCUGGCCUGGCCGUCUGUUUGUCUGUCUCCCUCGUCAGUGAGAGCUUACGUACGUGCGGCUUCAUCGAUUGAGAAGGGCCGGUUGGUGGCCUGAAGUGUCAUGCCGGCCGAAUAAACAACAAGGAGGGACAUGAAACGAUCCCGUUGACUGACUGACUGACUGACUUACGCCGACAACAGUCACAGCCUUGGACCCAUCGCGACUCACUGAUUGGAUUGGGUGGUAUCGCCAACACGCAAAGAGACAUCUAUGGAUGUCUCCUUGUCGUGACGUGAGCUGCCAUCCCUCCCUCCGUCCGUCCGUCUGUGCGUACCUCCGUCCAUUUGUUGCAGCAGUUGGUUCUUCAUUCUGAGUGUGAUGUCCUCCUCCUUGUCUGUCCGCUGUCCCACCAGGGCGUCGAUCUCGUCCAUGAAGAUCACAGCAGGACUCAUACGACUCGCCACUGAGGGAUGACACACACGUGUUGGUAUGCACACCCGUCCGUAUGUCUGUCGUGUAUCUGCGUCUGACUUACGGUAGAAGACGGCUUUGAUGUACUUCUCUGUUUCUCCCACGUACUUGUUGAGCAUCGACGACAGCUCCACGUUGAAGAAAUUGGCACCAACAGCGUGGGCGAUCCACUUCUGCACACACACAGACAGACAGCACAGCACAGCACCUCAGACGCUCACGUGUGGCAUUUGGAUCCCUGGCCCCUUCAUUAAUACCCCCAACAUGGCUAGAGAUCCAUCGGCGUUGCACACGUAUAUAUAUACACACACACAUCCACAGAACCAGACAGGCAUGACAGGGUUCGACAGACACAGUGUGUGGGGCAUCUUUUUGUGUGUGCCGUGUGUCUCCUUGGUUCCUUCCCUCCCUCCCUCCCUCAACCGGGACUUACUCUUGCCCGUGCCAGGGGGGCCGAAUAAUAGUAUUCCCUGCGUGUCGGUGGAAAGUGAGCCAUACCAGGUCGGUCGGUCGGUCGGUGGGUGAGUGGGAGGUGGGUACCUACCUGCCUACCUUUGGUGGUUGUAUGAUGCCUCCGAAGAGUCUGGGGCAGCACAGAGGCUGUAUAAUGGCCUCACGGAUGAUCUGCAGGCAGUGAUUUGCACAUAAGAAAGAGAACGCACACAUCAAUCACAUCUUGGCCCGGUGUGUAUGCCUUUUGUGUGACUGAGAGCUGGCUGACCUGCUUGACAUCCUGCAGACCAGCUAUGUCAUUCUCACACACCUGCACACACGUACACACACACUCAUACGUACGUACAGCGAAGGGCAACAGGGAGGGUGGGGAUGUAGGUUAGGUUACCUUGUCAGUGACAUCAGUGAGCAGCAUGGCCCUCGCCGCCUCGAUGUGCUUCUCAUCAAGCCCUGGCACCUGACAGAAGGACACAAUCAACAUCACCUGAUCUGAGGCCUUCCUUCCCCAUAAUCAAUCAUCGCAGGUAGGCCACCUCCUCCGCGAUCUCCAUACUCGCAGCGCCCGCGCCCUGCACACACACACACACACACACGCACACACACACACGCACACACACACACAUACACAUGCAAACAGCAAAAGAGUACGCUCUCCAUCACUGGAAUUCGUCUGUCUGUCUGUCUAUCUGUCUAUGUCUGUCGGCUCUGUGUUGGCUGGCUCCCUGACCUGCCUGCAAGCCUGAUUCUGCUGCCGAAUGCGGUCUUGCUCCUUCUUGGACAUCAGCCCCAUGGCCGAGGUGAAGGCACCCUUAGGUGCGGCUGCCGGGCGCUCCUCACCCACAGCGCCUCCCGCCCCUCCUGCGCCUCUCGCACCGGCAAAUGGCGCCGGCUGCGGCCGCUGUUGCUGCUGCUGCUGCUGUUGCUGCUGCUGGUGGUGGUGUUGUGGGAUGUUGGUCGACAUCUUGGGUCGUGUGGCUGGUGGCGCGGCCACCCCGUGCAGCAGUGGCCGCUUGUUCUGGGGCUUGGCCUGCCAUGUGGUGCACGACGACACAUCCACUGCAGCAGCUGAGCCCGCCAACACGUGGCCCACGACACUCGCCCUGUCGUCAGGAGUGAGGUAGGCCGUCAGGGGGUCUGAGGAACCGUCAGCGGCAGCACCGGUGUCCAUGUCCAUAUCAUCAUCAGCCCCUGCGGCCCCUUGGAUUUUGGCUAUGUCCACCUGCAGCACUUUGGGCAGUGCGCAGUGCUGCUCGAACAGGAAAUGCGGAGGGCCGCCGCCGUCCGCACUCAUCUCAGCGGGAAAUGGCGCCGUGGUGCGCUCGAUGAAUUCGAAGGUGUGCUGCUGGGCCACCUGGGCGACGUACUCGCACACUUUGUCGUCGCCUGCAGGGCACUCAUCCUGCAAAAGGGCGAGCGCCUCACGCUGACAACCUGUAGGUUCAUCCAUCCAUACGCACGCGUGGAGAAACGACCAACAGAUCUGAUGGAUGGAUGGACCUAUUGAUCUUCUGGCCCACAUACCUGCAUCGGUGGUGCCCAAGACCGCCCUCGCCGCUGGCGUGGCUUCCAACGAAUCGCAACUCGCUACCGCACGGAAGUACAUCACAGCAGCAGUCAG